GCCUGUAUCGAUGAGAACCUGGACAUGGUGAAGUUCCUGGUAGACAAUGGAGCCAAUGUGAACCAGCAGGACAACGAGGGCUGGACCCCUCUGCAUGCAGUGGCGUCGUGUGGCUACCUGAACAUAGCAGAAUACCUGAUCAGUCACGGAGCCAAUGUGGCUGCAGUGAACAGCGAGGGGGAGGUCCCAUCAGACAUUGCUGAGGAAGCAGCCAUGAAGGAUCUGCUGCUGGAGCAAGUGAAGAAACAAGGGGUCGACCUAGAGCUGUCCAGGAAGGAGGAGGAGCAGCAGAUGCUGCAGGACGCUCGGCAGUGGCUCAAUAGUGGGAGGAUUGAGGAUGUGAAGCAGCCCCGGACAGGAGCCACAGCUCUGCACGUUGCUGCAGCCAAGGGCUACUCUGAAGUCAUGAGGCUCCUGAUCCAGGCUGGCUUCAAUCUGAACGUGCAGGACAAUGAUGGUUGGACUCCACUCCAUGCUGCUGCACACUGGGGAGUGAAGGAGGCAUGUUCCAUCCUGGCUGAGGCUCUGUGUGACAUGGACAUCAGGAACAAGCUGGGCCAGACACCCUUCGACGUGGCUGACGAGGGCCUCGUGGAGCAUUUAGAGAUGCUGCAGAAGAAACAGACUGUGUUGCGAAGUGAGAAGGAGACGAGGAAUAAGCUGAUUGAAGCUGACAUGAAUGGGAAGCCUCAGAGCAGACUCUUCACCAACAAAGAGAAGAUUCUCUAUGAGGAAGACACACUGAAGUCCCUGGAGAUGGAGGAGGAGAACAAGGAUUCGAGCAGUUCCAGCUCUGAAGAGGAAGAAGCUGAAGAUGAAGUGUCAGAAUCAGAUGCUGAAAAGGAGUCGGAGAGGAAAGAGGAGCCCUUUGCCAACCACUCCAGCAGGGAGUCCAGGCCCAGCACCACUGAGCCACCACCUGAGCCAAACUCCUUCACUGCAACUGCCAGAAGAUUCAGUUGGCUCAGCAAGUCUGAGGAGCAGAAGGAUGAGUCUCCCUCGUCGUGGCGCCUGGGGCUGAGGAAGACAGGCAGCCACAACAUGCUCAGUGAGGUUGCUGCCACCAGGGAGGCACAGAGGGACAAGAGUGCCUCCAUCUACCGUUCCUCGUCCAGUCCUCGGAUAUCUGCACUGCUGGACAACAAGGAAAAGGACAAAGACACCAAGAGCUACCUUGCCACCAUAGCCCCCAGAAGGCUGAGCAGUACCAGUGAUAUAGAAGAAAAAGAAAACAGAGAGUCAGCUGUGACCCUGGUGAGAAGUGGCUCCUACACGCGGCAGCCCUGGAGGAACGAGUCCAAGGAAAACGAAGCUCCUCACUCUGGGGCACCUACUACCUAUGUAUCUACCUACUUGAAAAGGUCAUAUCUGACGCCGGUGCGGGACGAGGAAGCAGAGUCCCUGCGGAAGGCUCGGUCCAGGCAGGCUCGGCAGACACGCAGGUCCACCCAGGGUGUGACCCUGACAGACCUGCAGGAGGCUGAGAGGACCUUCAGCCGGUCCCGGGCAGAGCGACAGGCACAGGAGCAGCAGAGUGAGAAGGCUGAGAGCACUGAGCCCGAGGACAGCGGCGAGAGGCAGGAGAGCAGGGCACGGUGGGGCAGGAACACGGAUGAGGAGAGCAUCUACCGGCGGCUGCGGUGCCCAGCACAGCCCGACAAACCCACCAGCCCUGUCUCCCCUUCCACAGCAGCUCCUCUGCUCUACACAACUUCAUACCUGACUCGAACAAACAAAUACCUUGACUCUGUGAACCCAGCAGACUUCAGAGGGGCAGCCACAGAGAUGGAGAAAAAUGAGUGUGAAGAUCAGGACUCAGACGACAGAUCCCUGAGCAAACAGUCGAUCCGAGAGCGGCGGCGGCCGAAGGAGAGGAGGAGAGGCACCGGCAUCAUCUUCUCCACAAAAGAUGAUGAUGAUGAAGUUGAUGGAAAUGAGGAAGUGAAGGAAACUCGGUAUGGUCUGUAUUUCUGA